AUGAUUACUUCUGUAUUUAAGAUAUUUAAAAGAAAAGAUGAAGAGAUAAAAGACAAAAUAUAGCUGAAGGUACAGUUUUUGCAUGGGUUAGAAGGAGAUUUAAUAAAAGAGAAAUAACCAUAUUUAGAAAAACGUUUUAUAUAGUGUUCAACUCCUGGCAUGAAAGUAUCUAGAUGGAACAUAUUUUAUACAAACAGUUUUCCAAGAUGUUUAUUUAGAAAUUUGUUUAAAAUAUCAAAAUCUGGAUCAGAGUGUUUAAAAAACUGUCUAAAAAUAUAAGCAGACGCAAUUCUAAAAGAUCAACCAGAUGUCAUAUUUGGAGAGAGCUGGGGAGGAGCAAUUGGUCUUUUGUUACUAGCUUAUGGAUAUUGGAAGGGACCAAUAAUUUUGAUUGCACCAGCACUCAUCAGAUUUCUAAGAUUGGCUGGAGAACUUGACAUUACUAUUGAUGAUGUAUUAAAUAAAAUAAAUGAAAAUAAUUUAGGCCAUAACAUUUUGCUAUUACAUGGAGAGAAAGACUCAACAAUCCCUUACAAAAACUCUCUAGAAAUUUUAGAAAAAACAAUUCCUUAACCGAAAUAAUAUAAAAUCAUUAUAAAAUUAGUUUUAUGUGUAUUUACUUGA